CAAGACAACCGAAAUGCUCGCUUGCAAUGGUAUUUAUCGUCUUGGAUGCAGGGAUGCAAUGACACACAGGCCGCUUUGCUCAGUGUUAUGUUAGCCCUUACUUAGCUAUCGCUGGCCAAAAGUGCUCUAUUGUAGACAACUCAACCAAUACUGUGCGAUAAGGAACAAUGGUAUUCCCAGUUGGAGGACAGCAGUUGUUUGUGGGGGAGGGAGAUUUCUCUUUGACCCGCUCUCUUUUUGAGCAUCACAGUCUUCCCAAGGAUGCCAUCAUAUCAUGUUUCUCAGAGGAUCUCACUGAGGAAGCUGCUGAGAAUGCUGAAUACCUAUCAUCAGCAGGGAUAUCUGUGAUAACUGGUGUUGAUGCAACAUGCCUAGAAAAACAUCCAGAUAUAUCAAGGCAUACAUUUGACUACAUAAUCUUUAAUUUUCCUCAUACUGGGCACAAAAUGAAGAUUCAGCUAUGCAGAACACUGCUCAGAAAUUUCCUUUGCUCUGCAUCAAGCCUGCUGACUGCUCAGGGACAGGUGUGGGUGACGCUGUGCGCCGGCCAGGGCGGCACGGCCGGUGAGGUGGCACCCCGCGCCUGGUCCGACUCGUGGCAGCUGACGGCGCAGGCGGCCGCCGCGGGCCUGCUGCUGCGCCGACUGGAGCCGUUCCGACCCGAGCUGUAUCCAGGCUACCGACCCACCGGCAACCGCGGUCGCCAGAGCCGCACCUUCCACACCGGGCGGGGCGUGAUACACGUGCUGGUGCGGGGCGCGCCGCUGCCGUUGGACCGCCUGGCAGACCGGCUGGACGCUGGCGGGCGGGCGCUGCUGCUGGACGGCGCGCCACUGCCUCUCGCUCAGUACUGGCUGCGCCGGCUGCCCCCGGCCGACGACAGCCUGGCCGCGCUGAUCGUCAGCCGCCUGACGUCCGCCGCGGCCGCCGUCCGCCGCCGUCUGCUGGUACGCCACGAGGGCCGCCUGUUCCGCGCCGAGGACGCCGUGUUCGAGUCGGCCGGCGACGACAGCGUGUACCACCCGCCCGCCUACCAGCUGGACAUGAGCUUCUGGCUGGACGGCGGCGCGGCCGCGGACGAGUCGUUCUCGUGGGCGCGGCUGCGGCGCGCGCUGCGUGCCGUACUGGGCGAGGUGCUGGUGUCGCUGAGCCGACUGGACGAGUACACGCAGCCGGACUCGGGCCGGCGCGCCUGCACCGUGCGGCUGCAGUACCAGGACCUGAGCAGCCCGCUGAGCUACGAGGCCGCCCGCCGCCUGCACGUGCAGGUGCUGCCCGACAUACUGAGCCACGCGCUCGGUGUGCAGCCGCGGUGA